AAUUUUCUGUGCGCGAAAUUUAAAUCUUGGCGGUUAGUAUUGUAACGGAAGUUGUGAAUCAAAAUGGAAAGUAAAGGAGCUUCUACAAUGGAGAAAAAAUUACAUCAAUAUAAGCAGAAAAGACAGCUAACAAUGCAGACCAAAAAAGGCACCAUGUCACAAAAUACAAACAAGAAGCCUCUUGUGGAAACUAAACAGAGAGCUGCCACAAGAAAAACAAAUCUUGCAAAGCCUAAAAGCAAUAAGAAGGAAACAGAGAAUAAUUCAGCACCUGGUCAACUUGGGAAGAUCUCAGAAAGUGAGAAUUCAAAUCCAAAGCAACUGAGCAUGAGAGAGAAGUUAGAAAGGUGGAAAGAAGAAAAGGGAAAAAACAGAUGCGAUAACGUCAAUCCGCUAUUGUCACGAAAACGACCAUUGGUUACCGCCGAAAAGAAAAAAGUUGCACCAAAGAAGAAAAAAACAGAGGGGCAGAAUAAAUCUAAUGAGAAGCUUCAGAGGAUGGCGAACAAGCCGGUUGAUGGGAAUGAAAUAGAAAAGCCCGAGGACGUGGUUGCAGUGCAGGAUGAAGGUCAUUGUAAGAAACAGCAUGAGGAAAUGCAGGUUGAAGGCAAACAAGAGAUUCAAAGUGAAGACGCUACAUUGAUUAUAAAUACCACAGAUUCUGUCUUGACUCCCAAAGCAACUAAUAAAGAAGAAGAUACUUGUGAUCAAGAAACUGACAAAAGCUACUUGGAUCAAAAUUUGCAGUCAACCGCUAACGUUGUAAAGGAAGAUGGCGGAAGGGAACCGUUGUCGAUAUCUGAUAACGGACUGGAAUCCCCAUUGAAAUCCACAAACAACCAGACCUUGAGUGGAACAUUGGCAAAUUUGAAUGUGAAUUUGGAUGCAUCGAUUGAAGGAAAAGAUGACGUUGUUCCUGAAGGCCACGAGCAUUGUCAAAAAGCACUUUUGCAUAGGGAGAAAGAAUUGCCAGGGCAGAUCAGCCUGGGAAUCACCAUGGAAGCAAUUGAGGAAGAAGUAGAGGAUUCUGAAGGAUGCGAAGAGGAUAAAAUCAACGACAAGUUUACAGAGCUUAGAAGUCCUUGUGAGGAAUUAGCAAAACAACAUUCCAUCCAGGAUGAAGAAAGUGGCUUGAAGCCUUUAGCCACUAAAGAACGUUUUGCUAAUUUUCCAAGUUUUUCACUUGGUACGCCGUCCAAGCAUCACAUUGUAAAAAAAGUUGUGUCAAAAACGCCCGAAGCAACAGAUCGUCGCAGGACCAUGUGUAUUACCCCGUCGACCAGACUGUCAUCUCUACGCCCUGUCAUCAGCAAAACGACACCCGUAGACGUAUCAAGCAAAAAGGUGUCCUUCAACAAGCCCAAUGACGAUCGCACAAAAACACCACAAAUAAAAGUAACACCAUUCCGGAAUGGGGUCAAACGGUUCUCGUCGAACAGUGUUUUCAACAGCGCUCCAUUGCGUCGCACUACUCCUUUGGUAAGAAGAUCACAAUCGUCAGGGAAAUUUGAUGUUCCUGGGACUGUCAUAGAGUCACAUCACAAUGAGAACAAAUUGGACAAGGAAAAGGUCACAACUCCAUUUCAACGUCGAAUGUCACGUCUACCUGCUUCAAGUGUUUUGAAAAGUGCUCCUGUCCGCCCUGUUGUACCAUUCAAAAAGACUGAAAUAAGUGACAGCAUUAAUAAGCCCCAGCUGUUCUCUACGCCAUCAGCGAACCGAACAAACAUCUUGGAAUCGCGCGGCAUUCUUAAAAGUGCGCCAUCGCGACGAAGCACUUCAGUUCUAGUUACCCAACGGUCUUCUGCGAAGAAGAUGCAAGGUGCAAUGGAAAACAAAGCCAGAAGAAAACGAAGAAACACUAUUCAUUAUAGCAACAGGGAAGAAGGGACAGAGAAAGAAAUGAGUACACCAGUUGUUAUGGCACCAUUUACCCCUCGGGGAGAAUGGCAGAAUAAGAACUUGAGCAUUAGGGAAAGACUUGAUCUUUGGCUGACUGCAAAAGGAAACACUGUAAAAAAGCCCUUCGUUGUUCAAAAAACUCCAAAAAGAAGAAAGACGUUCUCGCCAUCCGAUGACGUAGGCCUAAAUACGACGUUCACUAUGGACACGUCUGGGGAAGGAGAAGUUGAUGAUGACGUUGUCAAUGUUGAGAAAAGAAUCCCAAAGAUGAACGCGAUUGAAGAAUCAAUUGUAGCAGAAUCGUUGCAACAAAUGAUUGCACGCCUAGACAAGCCCUUUGAGGAAGAUUCGAUCAAAGAGGAACUCGAUCUUAUCCUAUCCACAUCCCCUGGCGUUGUUAGACUUGCCUCUUUCUGGAUAAUCCGUGCGAGGCUUGCUGCUGUCAACGGCAAUGUUGAAAGGGUUAUUUGUUUGCUGGAGCAGGCGAAUGCAUUUGGUGCUCAACCACAAUCUGUUAUUCGUGAUGAGAUUUGUAAGUAUUUGGAACAAUUGAAGGAAAAUGAGCUCGAAAGCGCUGACAACGACCAAGGAGUCCCGUCUUAUUAUCGUAGCGACGAAUUAAACUAUAGCAGGAAAGCAACAACAACACCUGCAAAAAGAGUUACGUUUGUUGAAAGUCAACAGCACGUUGUGUUUAAGUCAUCGCUCAUCAAGUUUUGUCUUCUUGAAUCCACUCCGUUUAGAAAAAAGCUGAAAUCGACCCUUGCAAGGCAGGUUCUUACCCCCGUUCGCCGAUCAGGUCGCAUUGAGAAGGUCGAGUCGCGACUUUCUUCAGUGGUUCGGAGCCAUAAUCGAACGGUCUCAUCACCGCGUGACCUCGAAUCAAAUAUCCGUGAUGGAGAUGUCUACUUUAUGCCCAACCCAAACGUCGAGACUAAAUGGAAUGAGCUUUGGGGUGUCGAUAGCACAGCCGUGUCUGACGAGCAAGAACUAUCUUUUUGCUGAAUAAACUCUUUUAUAAUUUUAUGAUUGUAGAUAGUAUUAGAAAGUUGACUAGCCUUGUAAUCUUUUGGCUUGUAUCCAUUUAAGAUGAAUUUCAAGAUGAUUAAAAAUAAUACCCUUGAAAAUACAUCAAAUAGUCUCAAAUCAGGUUGCAAGACAAGCUUAGAUAUGACUAGACAAAGACAUCUCAGGAAUCAUCCCUUUCAUUAACUUUUUCCUGAAGACACUUAAGGAACACUCUUCAAUUCCUUACGAAUGCUGGUUUAUUUAUGUUUUACUUGUGUAUAUAGCAGUUAGUUUUUAGAUCGUUUUUAGAUUUUUCCUUUUUUUACAUCGUACACUGACUACUCUGGCAA